GCUGCUUGUUAGGACUGGAGUUCAGCUCAUCCCCAGUUACCUCCCAGUUACAACCAUGGCUGAUCCGAGAAUACGGCAAAUGAAAAUCAAAACUGGUAUCGUGAAAAGGCUGGCCAAGGAGGAGGUCGCAUACAAAACUGAGGCCAAGAAGCAGGAAGACAAGGUUGAGCGUCUGAAAGCAGAGGGAGAAGACGAGCAUGUCAUCAAGAAGCAGAUGGAAGUGUUGCAGGAGUCCAGAAUGAUGAUCCCAGACUGUCACCGUCGUCUGGCUGUAGCACACGCAGACCUCCUUCAGUUUCUAGAAAGUGAAGAGGAGCUGGCUGAAUCCGAGGAGUACAGAGAGGCCAGAAACGUAUUGGACUCAGUGAAGCUUGAAGGAUGAUUUCUGCCGCUAGUUCUGUUCUCACUUGGAGAUUCUCCUGCCCUAAAUGUUCAUUCCUUUUGUCAAGCCUCGUUUUGGAAACACAGAGGCCAGCUCUCGAUGUAAUUAUUUCUACAGUAUCCUGCUAACAUGCCAGCACGUUUGUUCACACUCGUUCUGUGUUUAAAUCCCACAGAAAUACGGAUCAAUCAGUUUAUUACAGUAAACCAACAGUUUUUGUGGGAUUGCCGCUCUGUCAGGACUUCAAACGUUGAUUUUCAACUUUUUCUGCACUAAAAAAAAAGAAAUGGCCUUUUAUUGUUGUCUGUGCUUUAAUAGGUUAUUAGAUCUGCAUGUUUUUCACUGGUCCUCAUUUCUUUUUGUUUGUGAAUUAAAAUGAGAGAUUAAAAAAAUGCAAACUGUAA